AUGCUCGAAAGCAAUCCGAUACCAGCAACAACGAUCACUAGUGGUUUUAGUAACAUCAAUACGCCACCGACAAGCAAUACAAUAGGUAGUAUCUUUACACCCGAACAAGUCGCUUGCGUUUGUGAAGUGCUCCAACAGAGUAAUGAUAUUCAACGGCUCGGUGAUUUUUUGUGGACAUUGCCAUCGUGUGAGCAUUUUCAUAAUCAUGAAAGUGUUGUGAAAGCCAAAGCCGUUGUUGCAUUUCGUCGAGGAAACUAUCGUGAACUCUAUAAUAUUCUUGAACGUUAUCAAUUUGCGCCAUGUAGUCAUCCUCAGCUACAACAAUUAUGGUUACAAGCACAUUACAAUGAAGCAGAGAAACUUCGAGGAAGACCAUUAGGUGCUGUGGGCAAAUAUCGCGUACGACGGAAAUUUCCUUUACCACGAACCAUAUGGGAUGGGGAAGAAACAAGUUACUGCUUCAAAGAAAAGUCGCGAAAUGUUCUACGAGAUUGGUAUUUACACAAUCCCUAUCCAUCACCACGAGAGAAACGCGAAUUGGCAGAAACAACUAGUUUAACAACAACACAAGUAUCGAAUUGGUUUAAAAAUCGACGACAACGUGAUCGAGCUUCGGAAACAGGCGAUCGAAAACAAAUUGAGAUGAGUCCAUCGCAUAAUGAUGACAAUUCACUAGACGAUCUUGGAUCGACCGGCAGUGAACCCACAUCGAAAGGUGGUUUUCAGCUCGAUUAUUCUAAUCAACAAUAUCACUAUCAUCAUCACCAUCAUCAUCACAUGAAACCUGUUCCUGCAACAGACCUUGGUGAUAAUGGACGAAUUUUCAAAGAUUAUCAUUCACUUUAA